AUGGCCCGAGGACAACCCCUCCCCCGCGCCGUCCCGUCGACAGCCUCAAUAUCGACAUCGACAUCGACAUUGACAUACACCUCGACCUCAUCGAGACGACUGUCCUUUCUGAUUCUCAAUUUCAUUGCCCUCGCAGCAUUCAUCCAGCCCGUCAUGUCUCAAGGUUGGGUCAACGCCGUUUACUACCCCAAUUGGCGAGUUUACAAGGGCCAAACCCCAGCUACAAUGCCGGUCAACGCUAUCACUCACGUCAUGUACGCCUUCAUCAAAGUCAAUACGAACGGGUCAUUGAAGCUCAUCGACGACUGGGCCGACACCCAGAUCCCAGUCGACGGGACAAAGGGCUGUCUCUCGGCCACCGCUAAGCUCAAGGCCUCGAAGCCGAGCAUCCGCACUCUCGUCUCCGUCGGCGGUGCCACGGGCAGCGCCGAGUUCCCGGCCCUGGCCGCUAACCCUACCGCCCGCGCUCGUUUUGCUAAGGAAAUCAAGGCCUUUUGUGACAAGUGGCAGCUCAACGGCGUCGACAUUGACUGGGAACACCCAAGCGACGCCAAGCAAGGCAAAGAUUACAUCAGCCUCCUAAGCGACGUCCGGCAACAAAUGCCCGCGGGCAGGUACCUCAUAACAUCGGCCCUACCGCCGGGUCAAUGGGUCCUCAAGAAUAUUGACCUCCGCAGGGCCGCCGCCCUUCUCGACUACCUGAACCUAAUGUGCUACGACCUGACGGGACCCUGGACCGACGUCUCGGGCAACCAAGCGCAGCUACUGGCCUCCAAGACGCUGGUGAGCAACAACCCGAACCUCAAGGUCGCCUGCGCCGAUGGCAUCACCUACGUCACGAGCAAUGGAUUCCCGAGCCGGAAAGUCCUGCUCGGGAUCCCGGCCUACGCGCGCACCUUUCCCAAUGCGAAGGGACCGGGCGGGUCGACAAAGGGCUCGGCUGAGAUUGACUACUGCGACAUGACGAAUGAUAGUGUUGACAGGGCGGCCGUCGACACGACUGCCGCCGCUGCCUCUUACGUUGAUCCCACAAAUGGGUUCAUGACCUUCGAUGUGCCGAGAUCGGUAGUCAUCAAGGCUCAGUAUGCGAAAAGCAAGGCUCUCGGUGGGCUGUUUUACUGGACCGGCGUUGGAGACCGGAAGGGGAGGCAGAGUCUAGUUCAGGCUGGAUUCAAUGAAUUAAAUGGCAUCAGGCAAGCCUGA